UUCAAUUUGCCUAUUAUUUGCCAGUUAAAUGUUCAGUAUAAUCCUUCUGGUAAUGUCAAGAUUCUCGCCGUGAAAUAGUCGCCAUCUUUGCGACUGAGUCGCAUCUCUUAAUUUGGUUCGUUGUAUGUUCCGCGCAGCUUUAUGUAGCGUCAGAGAAAAAAAUCAUUGAAAGUUAGUGUCGAAGUAAAACGGUUCGACGAGACUGGAUAGUGUUCGAGUUGUAUCAAGAGUGUAGCUCAGCAAAAGUGGGCGGAACGCAUGGUCUUACGUUCUUUUAGCCUCACUGCAAUACGUGAUAAGAAAAUUUUUGCAUUUGAUAAGUGACACAUCGAAUUCCUGUUACUUGUUCAUGCAGUGACAAUAUAUUAACUUAUAUAAUUUAUCAGUUGAUCAUUUACCGGCGUAUGCUAUUAUAGUGUGUGUUUAUUCAAACAUCGUUUAGUGUAAGAAAAAUGAGUUAUCAACGUAACGCUAGCAAGAUUAUAGUGCCAGACGAAUUGCGGGACGUUCUGUUAGAGUUCACAAUUAGCUAUCUGUUGGAGCAACCAGUGGAUAUUAUCGACUAUGCCAUAGCUUUUUUCACGCAACUUCGGGAAAGCCGUCAAACUCAGUUGAUUCAAGCCCCUGCGCAGACCACCACUUCUACGCCGGACGAGUCUGUCGAUGAAGAACCACCAAUUACAAAGUUGGCAACAAGAAGGAAAAGCGUUUUCGCGGAAACAUACAAUCCGGAGGAAGAUGAAGAAGAUGAAGGUCUCAAGAUUGUGCAUCCGAAAACUGACGCGCAACGAGAAAGGUUGGCUGACAGCAUAAAACAUAUUCUUCUCUUUCGAUCGCUAGAUGAGGAUCAAAUGACUGAUGUAUUGGAUGCAAUGUUUGAAAAGAUCGUGCAAUCUGGAGAAAUAGUUAUUCGACAAGGUGAUGAUGGUGACAAUUUCUACGUCAUUGAGAGAGGAAAAUUCGAAGUAUAUGUAAAAGAUCAAACAGAAAUGGAAUCCUUGAUACAUACAUACGAUAACCGUGGUGCUUUCGGAGAGCUUGCACUCCUUUAUAAUAUGCCAAGAGCAGCCACUAUCAAGGCCAUCACGGAUGGUACAUUAUGGGCUAUGGAUAGGCAAACUUUUCGACGUAUUUUAUUGAAGUCCGCUUAUAAAAAACGCAAGAUGUAUGAGGAUCUUAUUAAUAAAGUUCCGAUGCUUAAAUCUCUCGAGCCAUAUGAGCGUAUGAAUUUAGCGGAUGCUCUAGUACCAAAACAUUAUUCAGAUGGCGAUCAGAUCAUCAAACAGGGCGAUACAGCCGAUGGAAUGUAUUUUGUCGAAGACGGUAUCGUUAAGAUUACCAUAAAAGGAGAUGAUGGUCGCGAAAUCGAGAUUAAUAGAGUUCCCGCUGGUGGAUACUUAGGCGAAUUGGCGCUAGUGACACAUAAACCUCGCGCUGCUUCGGCCUACGCUGUGGGCGAAGUAAAACUGGCCUUUUUGGACGUUGAAGCUUUUGAACGCUUACUUGGGCCUUGCAUGGAACUUAUGAAACGUAAUAUCGAGGAUUAUGAAGAUCAACUAAUCAAAAUCUUUGGCAGCAAAACUAAUAUUUCAGAUAUUCGAUGAACUAUUUGCGAAUAGUGAUAUAUUGCACUGCUGUACUAAAGAUAUGAUACUUUUGUACAGUAAUGUAAAAUGAGCACAAACUUGUACACCUACUUUAUGAAUCUCAUCCGCGUGUUUUCAAGUAUCAUCUCGAGUCGACUUUCGUAAUGACUAUUUACUUAGACGUGUACCAGUAAGAAUCGUCGUUAAUAGUUACCAAGUUUAUACCUAUGACACACAGUGAAGAGAUAACAAAAAAAAGAAAAAAAAAACGAGAAAAAUUAUAAUCUCGACUGAUUCAUAUCUGCAAUAUAGUACUGAAGUGAAUUUUUCAAGACUGUAUCAGAUCAAGAAGUAUUAGCCUAUCUUGUCAUGUGCUCGAAAUGUUUACAAGAUAGAAAUCUGAAUAUUAAAUAAGAUUUUUAUUGAAUUAUUCAUAAAAAAAAAAAAAAAAAAAUAGAGAAUAAUGCGAAAAACUUACAGAAUUUCUAAAUAAUAUACUUUUAUGUCAUUCUUAUACUUAAUAUUUUAGCAACUGUAUUCCAUUUUACUGAAAAUAUAAAGAAUCAAUGAAUUAAAUUAUUUUCUAUAUUUCGAUAAUUAUUAUCGAUUAUAUUUCAGAGAUUAAGAUACUUUUAGAGUAUCUUGUGUUUGUUCACAAAGUAACAUUUUUAUCGAUAACUUAUUAAAAUAUUAGCUUGCUUAUGAAAUUAGAUAUUGAAAAUAGCAUAUAUAAUAAAAAAUCCUAAUCAUGAAUGUAUUUUUAUCAUGAUGAUAAAAAAAAAUAUAAAUAUUAUAUUAGGAAAAUUAAAAAUAUAAAAUGGCAAAGAGCACAAUAGACAAGUUAGAACAAUUACCAGUACCUACAAGAUUUUUAAAUGCAAAAUAACUAUUUUCUAUAAGAAUGUGUGGCAUUUAAGUUUAUCUCUAAAAAAAAGAGAAUGGGAGAAAUAUCUUUUCAGUUUUUAAAUAUUUCGUCUAACAAUCUCUCUCUCUCACACAUAUACACAUAUAUAUUUAAUAAAACUAUUUUUCUAAUUCAUGUUCCUAAUUUUAUGAUUUGCUUGCAUUAAUUAUUAUGAAAUAUAUUUGCGUAGCGCACAAUAUUGUUUAUUUAAUUAUUUAUUAUAUAUAUAUGUGCACAACAUUAUUGAUCAUUAUUUUAUCUACAUAUAUUAUUUAUAUUUGUUAUUAUUUAGGAUUGUUUGUUAACAAAUUGGAGCAUAUUUCGAAUGAUAAUUAUAAUUGAGUAUAUCAAUUAUAAUAAUUAACAAUAUUUAUGAUUAUAUCACUUCAUAAAUGAGCUAUUUUUAAAAGUCCACGCUAUAUUUUGAAAUGAAACAAAUAGUUGUUUCUUACUGCAGAGUCAAGUAUAUAGCUAUAAUUUUUUGCAGAAUUAUUACGAUAAUGCUGUGAAAAAGAUAGCUGAAUCUUAGUCUCGAAUCAUUUUCAUGUGUGUCUUAUUGGUGAAUCCUGGUAACAAAAAUCGACCAAAAGAAACCUAUAAACCUAUUUUUGUUACACGUGUAUGAUACACGUUAUACAUGUAUGAUAUACGUCUAGCAUCAUAAAAAAAGAAACAAAAAAAAAAAAGUUUGAACUAAUUUGAACGUUGUGCGAACAAGUGCAUAUACUAGUCACUUUUUAAUGACCAUCUUUUCGUCAUAUUUUCUUCUUGACGAAAUCAGAGAAAAAUGGUCAAAUGUAAUUUUUAUUACUAUGAAACAAGAAAAAACUAUGUAUUCAUUGUACGACUGAAAGUUAGAAGCAUUAAGCUUUCUAAAUAAUAUCACAAUCACGGAGGAAAAAGGAAGAAGAGACUAGUAUUGUGA